AUGAAUCCCUUAUGUUGGAACUUCCGGGGAUUUGGCAACCCACGGGCAGUCAAUGCACUACGACAGUGGUGCGUUACCCUAGCCCCUAGCCUCGUGUUCCUGUCAGAAACAAAGAUCAACAAGUCUGCCGCUGAGGCACAAAAACACAGGCUCGGUUUUGAUUGUGCACUAGGAAACCACAUUUGUGGAGAUAGCUUGCUCCGUGAUUUAUGUGCGGAAUAUACUGGCCCUCUAUUGGUAAGUGGAGAUUUUAAUGAAAUUAUUUGCUAUGAGGAAAAGGAAGGUGGGGUGGAUAAUGAACGCAGAGCUAUCCCGGACUUUAGAGCUGCUCUUGAAGAGUGCAACUUGAGGGACCCAAAACUUGAUCACACUCCUAUAUUUGCUCGGUUAAAGCGACCCAAAAAGAAGAGAAGGAGAGGCAAAAAAUCUUUCAAAUUCGAGACUUGUUGGCUUUUAGAUGAAGCUUGUGAUGGGGUGGCGGAAAAAGCUUUGAAAGUGGCACAGGGAGAACGAAUUUCAGAUGAGGCAGUAGCAAAUUGUGUGGCAUUAGAAAAAGACCUCGAUGACUUGUAUGAAAAACAGGAAGCCUUCUGGUACUUGAGGUCACGAGCAGCAGAUAUCAAAGACGGUGACCGUAACACCAAAUAUUUCCACCAUAAAGCUUCACAGAGAAGGAGGAGAAAUGAGAUUAAAAGGCUUAUGGAUGGUACAGGGCAGUGGGUUACAGAAGAAGAAGAGAUUGAGGGAGUGGUCGAAGAUUUCUAUGAAGAACUUUUUACCACCUCCGGUCCAUCGAGUACUGCUGUAGAAAAAGUGUUGGAGGCCGUGGGCACUACUAUAUCGAGCGAGGAUAAUAAUCUCCUCCUCCGCCCUUUCACUAAAGAGGAGAUUUAUGCCGCUCUAUGUCAGAUGGACCCUUGCAAAGCACCGGGGCCAGAUGGAAUGCAUGCAAUCUUUUAUCAGAAAUACUGGCACAUUGUUGGUGAUGACGUUUCUAGGUAUGUUUGUAAUAUUUUGCACGGGAAUUGUUCCCCUCAACCCAUAAACAACACGAACAUUGCUUUGAUAUCAAAGGUAAGACGUCCGACAGUCAUGUCUGAAUUCCGGCCUAUUGCACUAAGUAACGUGUUGAACAAGCUAGCUUCUAAGGCAAUUGUGCUGAGACUCAAAUCUAUCCUUCCUGGUAUUAUCUCGAAGAAUCAAAGUGCCUUUGUUCCGGGGAGAUUGGUCACGGAUGACGCUCUCAUUGCAUUAGAACUAUUUCAUACAAUGAAAAAACGCAGCAAGGGAAAGAAGGGGUCGAUAGCUUUGAAACUUGACAUGAGUAAGGCUUAUGACAGGGUUGAGUGGUGCUUUCUGGUAAAACUUUUAUUGAAGAUGGGGUUCUCGAGUAGUUGGGUGAAAGUGGUGAUGGGAUGUGUCCGAUCGGUCGAAGAAAAAGGUAUUUUUGCGGCGUUAAAGGAUCGAAUAUGGAAAAAGUUGCAAGGAUGGAAGGAGAAGCUACUUUCGAGAGCCAGGAAAGAAAUUCUUAUAAAGUCGGUCAUUCAAGCCAUCCCAACCUAUCUUAUGGGUGUGUACCGACUACCGGUGGGGGUUAUUCAUGACAUCCAAUCAAUGAUAGCAAAAUUCUGGUGGGGAGGCUCGGGAGAGAAUCGUGGAGUCCAUUGGAUGAAUUGGGAUUCGAUGUGUGCACCCAAAUGUCUUGGGGGUCUAGGCUUCCGUGACCUGACGAUCUUCAAUGAAGCGUUAUUGGGCAAACAGGCCUGGAGAUUAAUGUCGGCCCCGGAAUCUCUCUUCGGCAGGGUCAUGCGAGGAAAAUACUACCCCAACGGGGAAUUCUUAGACUCUGCGCUGGGGUUGUCCUGCAGCUACUCGUGGCGGAGCAUUUGGGGCGCAAAGGCCCUUCUCAAAGAGGGACUGAUCUGGAGAGUAGGAAACGUGUCCAAUAUUAAUGUCUGGUCUGAUCCUUGGCUCACUGACGAGAAAGGUCGUUUCAUCUUAAGUCAUCACAAUGAUACAGUAAAUUAUGUCCAUGAAUUGAUGCGGCCCGACACAAAGGAAUGGGACUAUGAGAAGAUUACUAGCAUAUUUGAAGAAAGGGAUGUCAGAUGCAUUAUGGCUAUUCCACUUAGUGACCGUGCUCCGAAGGACUGCUUAACGUGGGCCUACUCUAUGGAUGACAAUUAUUCGGUUAAAACGGCUUACAUGCUCGGGAAAUCAUGCAAUUUUGAUAAUCUCCAUCAAGCUUGGAUAGAGAUAUGGAAGCUUGACAUGACUCCCAAGGGGGUGCGACAGACUGUUGAGGAAGAGGGAAGGGCUGACUCUUGUGGAAUUUAUUGGGUUAUGGAAGGAAGAGGACCCAAAGAAGUAUCAACUGAUUGCUGCUAUGCUCUGGUUGAUUUGGUGCCGCAGAAAUGA